GCUGCCGGAGCUGCAGUGACUCCGCAAUGGCUGAGGCUGCUGGCACGGAGCGCAUCCCGCCGGCCCGGAGCGCCCGCACCGCGCAGCCUGCCCGGGAAACCUGCCCUUAGCUCCGCACUGCUCGGAUCCGCGGCGGCUGCCCUGACCUGUGAAGCCCCUUCACUCGUGCUCCGACAGGGAACGGUGCUGCUCCAUUGUGGUUUUGACCAUGAGUCAUGAGGAAUAAACCAAAGCACUGAAGGUCAUCGUCCAAGGAAAUUGUUAUCCACAUUAACAAGAUUAGAAUAAAAAAGGCACAGGAAGAUGUAGUGUUCCGGCGGGAGGCGCAGGAGCCGGAGCGAGUGCUGGGCCAGGGGCUCCAGGCGGGAUUGCCCUCCCUGCCACGGCCUCACCAUGUCCAAGAAGGGCUCCAGCAGCCGGGCCAGAGGGGACAAGCCGGACGCCUUGGCCGCCCUGCAGGCUGCCAAUGAGGAGCUCAGGGCCAAGCUCACUGACAUCCAGAUAGAGCUCCAGCAGGAAAAGAGUAAGGUCAGCAAGUUGGAAAGAGAGAAAAACCAGGAAGUGAAGCAGAUCAAGGAGCACGAACAGCACAAAAGCACCGUGGUGGUCACAGAGCUCAAAGUCAAACUGCAUGAGGACAAAAUGAAGGAGCUCCAAGCUGUUCGAGAAGCACUUCUGAGACAGCACGAAGCUGAACUGCUCAGAGUAAUAAAAAUUAAGGACAAUGAAAUCCAGAGACUGCAGACCCUGCUCAACGCCGUGCGCGAUGGGGGUCCCGACAAGGUGAAAACGGUGCUGCUCUCGGAGGCCAAGGAGGAGGCCAAGAGGGGCUUUGAGGUGGAGAAAAUCAAAAUGCAGCAGGAGAUUUCUGAGCUGAAGGGGGCUAAGAAACAAGUGGAGGAGGCUCUAACCAUGGUCAUCCAAGCUGACAAAAUCAAAGCAGCGGAGAUCAGGAGUGUGUAUCACCUGCACCAGGAGGAAAUCACCAGGAUCAAGAGGGAGUGCGAGAGAGAGAUUCGUAGACUGAUGGAGGAGAUUAAGUUUAAGGACAGAGCAGUCUUCGUGCUGGAGAGAGAGUUAGGGGUGCGAGCCGGGCAUGCUCAGAGACUGCAGCUCCAAAAGGAGGCUUUAGAUGAACAACUCUCCCAGCUCAAAGAGUCUGACCGGCAUCUGAGCAGCCCCAAGCGGGAACUUCCUUAUGCAAGUGGUGCAGGAGACGCUUCAGAUCAUUCGGGAAGCCCCGAACAGCAGUUGGAUGAAAAGGAUGCCCGGCGCUUCCAACUGAAAAUCGCGGAGCUGAGCGGCAUCAUCAGGAAGCUGGAGGACAGGAACGCCCUGCUGUCAGAGGAGAGGAACGAGCUGUUAAAACGUCUCAGAGAAGCAGAAAGUCAGUAUAAGCCCAUUCUGGACAAGAACAAACGCCUUAGUAGGAAGAAUGAGGAGUUGUCACAUGCCUUACGUCGAAUGGAAAAUAAAUUGAAAUUCGUGACACAAGAAAAUAUCGCGAUGAGGCAAAGAACUGGAGCAAUAAGGAGACCAAGCUCCUUAAAUGACCUUGACCACAGCCAGGAAGAAAGAGAAGUUGAUUUCCUGAGACUACAAGUUGUUGAGCAGCAAAACAUCAUUGAUGAACUCUCCAAGACCCUGGAGACUGCUGGCUAUGUGAAGAGUGUUAUGGAACGUGAUAAGCUGUUAAGGUUCAGGAAGCAAAGGAAAAAAAUGACAAGAAUUCCUAAGAAGCCGGUUGUGGAGACAUUUUACGGCUACGACGACGAAGCUUCCCUGGAGUCAGAUGGUUCCUCUAUCUCCUACCAAACUGACCGGACAGACCAAACCCCCUGCACUCCUGAGGAUGACUUAGAAGAGGGCAUGGCCAAGGAGGAGACAGAGCUGCGGUUCCGGCAGCUGACCAUGGAAUACCAGGCCCUGCAACGAGCCUACGCUCUGCUUCAGGAGCAGGUCGGAGGGACCCUGGAUGCAGAACGAGAAGUUAAGACACGUGAGCAGCUCCAAGCAGAAAUCCACCGGUCCCAGGCUCAGAUAGAAGACCUGGAGAAGGCCCUGGCUGAGCAGGGACAGGACAUGAAGUGGAUUGAGGAGAAGCAAGCACUCUACAGAAGAAAUCAGGAACUGGUAGAAAAGAUCAAACAGAUGGAAGCCGAGGAAGCUCGUCUGAAACAUGAUGUCCAGGACGUGAAGGACCAAAAUGAGCUUCUGGAGUUCAGGAUCUUGGAGCUGGAAGAGAGGGAGAGACGGUCCCCUGCCAUCAACUUCCUGCACGGCCCGUUCACAGAGGGGAAGAGCCCCCUCCAGGUGUACUGCGAGGCAGAAGGUGUAACAGACAUAGUAGUAGCAGAGCUGAUGAAAAAAUUGGACAUUUUAGGGGAUAACGCCGUAAGUAACCUGACCAACGAAGAGCAAGUAGUCAUCAUACAAGCAAGGACUGUCCUCACAUUGGCUGAAAAGUGGCUCCAGCAGAUCGAGGUGACGGAGUCGGCGCUGCAGCAGAAAAUGCUGGACCUGGAAAACGAGAAGGAGCUGUUCAGCAAGCAAAAGGGCUACCUGGACGAUGAGCUGGACUUCAGGAAGCAGUCCCUGGACCAGGCUCACAAGCAAAUUCUGGAAUUAGAAGCCAUGCUCUAUGAUGCCCUGCAGCAAGAAGCUGGAGCCAAAAUUUCCGAACUUCUUUCAGAAGAGGAGAAGGAGAAGUUGAAGAGCGCCGUGGAGCAAUGGAAGCGGCAGGUGAUGAGUGAGCUCCGGGAGAGGGACGCCCAAAUCCUGCGGGAAAGGAUGGAGCUCAUUCAACACGCACAGCAGAGAAUUAAAGAGCUAGAAGAAAGAAUUGAAGGCCAAAAAAGACAAAUAAAAGAGUUAGAGGAAAAGCUUUCAUUCUUUGGUCAUAGCCCUUCAGGCCACAUGCACAAGCCUACUGAGAGAGCUACAGCUGCUCCUGCUGUUAUUCCCAGGAAGACAGCCCUGCUUCCUGAGACCGAAACAGAGACAUUGCCCUUUCCACCCCCCCAGAUCUCUCUCAUACUUUGCUACUGGCAAUGGAAGGUGCAAUCCUUGUGACCCUUUCAGACUGGGGCUGGACCAGGGGGUGUGGAGAUCCCUGCACAGACCACAUCCACACCACUGAAAUCCCUGAUGGAGCAUUUGGAAAA